CAGCUUAAAGAGCAGGCCAAGGAGGUACAGACAGCAAAACGUGAUUUGCUGGCGACCAAAUUGAGAGAAUUGUUAAAAUCUGCAAAAGCAGAAGAAAACAAGGAGGAAGAACGCGAAAACGCUGACACAGCACUACAGAAGAAUAUACAGGAUGUGAACGAAAAUCCCGCCGGAAGCGAAGUACUAGCUAACAGACAAAAUACAGCAAGAAGGCUGAAAAGCACAAGAAGUCGCCAGCGUUCAGCUUCAGCAAGAAAGCAAUUAAAUCGCUCGCCUGGACAAAUGACUCUAGCUCUAAGAAAACGGAUCUCUGAUGUUGCCUCUGGAAAGCUGAAAACUGCAAUUAAAAAACAACAGAUGAGGCGAAAUCUGUUUAACAGGAAUUAUGGAUCGACAGGGAAAGGACAGGCACAUAAGCCGUCCUUAAGAACCGCAACAAGGCAGAGAUCGCCAAACAAGCGUAUUAUGUCGCAAAAGAAACGCCAGUAUCCAGGUUAUGCGGGUAAUGAUUUGACAUGCGAUUACUGUAAAAAUCUCAUGUAUGGUGACUACAACUCCGAUAAUUACCCGCCUACACCCGAUUACUUGGAAUCAUACUAUUACCAAACCACGCCCAGUACUCCUCCUCCAACGUUUUGGGCAGGCUGGUCCUCUUACCAAGACACUACGACGCCCUGGCCCGCUUAUCAAGACACUGCGACGUCCUUUAAUACUGGCGGUUACCCAUAUCAAUACGACUAUCCGCAGGAUGAGUGGAGCAUAUGCAGUGAAAUGCUAUACGUCAACAACACCUGCUGUGACUCUCCGUGUCAGAACGUGUAUGAUGACAAUGGUUUUUACAUGUGUUUCAUCGCCGAAGUAUACUUCAUAAAUCAAGAACUCGAAGGGUGGAGCAUGGAUAUGAGCUAUAUAGACGAACUGCACUGCCAGAGAGGAAAACUGAUGGAAGAACUGUCCUACUGGCUGGGUGUUCCUUAUAUGACUAACAACUACCAAUACAAGAAAUAGCAUGCUGACUACAACUUGGCAUACGACUGAGCAACUCUUACAUGAUUACCCCAUAAUGAACGACCCCGGCAUUUACAAAUUAAUGUUCGUCGUGUGAAAGCCAACUCGUCGUAUCGACAAUUGUACAGACAUAGAUCAACAUUCUGAUUCUCUUUUCAACGUGUACAUGUUUUUCUGAGCAUUUAAUGUAAAUUUGAUGUAAAUCCAUAUGUGAUUUUGAAAACUUUGCCUAGUUAAGCAAGUAUGAACAAGUUUUUGAUUUUGCAUGCGACACCGUACUAUUUUUUUCCUUUCUUUUCAGAAUUCCAAGACCAUGUAGUUUUAUGUGAUUGUUUUCUUUUUUAUUGCAUUAGUAAGAUACGUAAUUAGAAAACCAGUUUAUUUUUACGAAACCAAGUAUGUUGUAGAUAAUUUUAUUAGAUUAGAGAUAUGUUGCUAUGCUAAAUACAAGUAAAUAAACAAACUACGAUAUAACAUACAAAAAUACUGUCAUAAGUGAUCCAUGUAAUAUAAUAUUUAAUUAUAUACCUAUAUUCAUUCUGUAAAAGUAAAUCGGCUUGUAUUUUUCACAGUUAAAUAUGAACAGGCAGAAAAAAAAAUCGUAUUGUACCUUUUAAAUUCCGUAUUGUACCUUUUGUAUUGUAUGCUGCCGGACUACUUUCAUUAAUAUGCAUGCCCUGACUCAGUUCUGUGAAUAGCGCAUAUAAAAACUUCACUUACAUGUAGUUCUUUUUUUCAUAUCGAUAAACAUCGAAGAUUUCGCUCAAUAAUAAAACAACAAACAAGACAGUAGAGGUAUAUAAUAAAAUGGUUAUUAUAACAGUAGCUAGAUCAGGGAUAUUGUAUUCGGCUCUCGCGGACUUUGCAAGAUCACAUCACACACGGCGCUCGCCACCUCGUGAGAUCCGACCUGACAAAAAUCCACUCGAGCCGAAUACAACAUCCCAGAUCGAGCUACUGUUAUAAUAACCCUUUUAUAUUUAAGUUUACUAUGAUUCUGACGGAUAAAAUUGAUCACGAACACUUAGUUAUAUUUUCACAAUAAAACAGAAUUAGGUAAUGUUUUUUAAGUAUUGAGUUUGUUUAUAUGCUGUUCUUGAUUACAGCUUUAGCCAUUUCCAUGCUUUUUAAAAAAAAAAGUUACUCGUCAUACCGAAAGUAUUCCUCCGGCCAAUAAUAGGUAGCGGUCCGAUUUUCUAUAUAGAAAUAAGAAGGGCAUGUACACAUUUUAUUAAAUAACAAAAUUACUGAAAAAAAAAUCUUAGGUGCAAAAAUAUUACCAAUUUUCAA